ACCACCUGCACUGCUGUCCUGAAGACAUGUUGUGCAGUGUUAUGGACUCCAUGUGUAUAAACGCCACACAUACACUGCUGUUUGUGGAGAGGAUACCGGCUAAACAGACAGACCUUCCCAAAUCGUUCAGAAUGAUUCCCUCAUUACCUGCAAGUGAAGACGACAUCACCUGUCCUGAUGGCUCCUUCUGUCCUGCUGAGUUCUCCUGUCUGCUGAUGGCUUCAUCAUAUGGGUGCUGUCCUGUAGCACAGGGCCUUGUGUGCUCAGACGGGAAACACUGCUGCCCAAAAGACCAUGAAUGCAGUGCAGACAGCAGUUCCUGUGUCAAACUAAAAGAACCAGUCAAGGCUGUUCUUUGUGGAAAUGGGACCUCAGAGUGUCCCGUAGACACCACAUGUUGUGAGACAGAAGAUGGUCAGUGGGCGUGCUGCCCCAUGCCAAAG